AUGCGGGCUUUCCUUCUUUUCACAAUCUGUACGCUGUCAGUGCAACCAGCGAUCGGUUGGGGAGAUGUUGGGCACCGAGCUAUCGCCUACUUGGCUGAGAAACACCUUACUACUACCGGCUCUAAUCUCGUAAAUGAGCUUCUCGCCAACGAUAAAGGCUUUGAUAUCUCUGACGCCGCAACGUGGGCGGACACCAUCAAGUGGAAACGACCGCUCACUAGACCCUUGCAUUAUAUCAACCCAAAUGACGAACCUCCAAAUUCAUGUUCCGUCUCAUAUCCGGAUGAUUGCCCUGCCGAAGGCUGUAUCAUUUCACUGAUGGCAAAUAUGACUCAUCAAAUCAAUGACAAAAAAGCCAAUAUGACCCAGAAAAAGGAGGCCUUGAUGUUUUUGAUUCACCUUUUCGGGGACCUACACCAACCCCUGCACACCACGGGAGUGGCAAGAGGUGGAAAUGAUAUUCGUGUCUGCUUCGAUGCCAAGGCUCCGUGCGACGAUGACAACAAGAAAUGGAACCUACACGCAGUCUGGGAUACUGCCAUUCCACACAAAAUCAAUGGCAUAAAGCACAGUCUCAAACACAAUCCCGAAAGGCUAGCGUCAGCGAAGUGGGCCGAUAGACUCCACCGGGAAAACAGGCCGCGACCAGUUGAUACCGAGUGUGCAAAUACUCGACAACCCUUGAAAUGCAUCAAGAAGUGGGCGACGGAAUCAAAUCAGCUAAAUUGUGAUUUCGUGAUGGAAAGGGGGCUUGAGUGGCUUGAGGAGAACGACCUGGGUGGUGAGUAUUACGAGGUAGCUGCGCCUAUUGUUGAUGAACAGAUAUUCAAGGCGGCUAUACGUCUUGCCGGUUGGAUCAAUGCCCUCGCAGAUAGGGCAGCGGCCGAUGAAUUCAGAGGCGUCCAUCUUCAAGGUGAUCUCUAA